AUGGCAGCCGAUCUAGAUGUGGUAAACCUGUUUAUCAUUGCGGGGGGAACACUGGCUAUCCCCAUCCUGGCCUUUGUAGCUUCUGUCCUUCUCUGGCCCUCCGCACUUAUUAAAGUGUAUUACUGGUACUGGAGGAGGACUCUGGGCCUGCAGGUGCGCUACGCAGACUGCGGCGGCUAUCGCUUCUGUUACGCCUACAGAGGAAAGCCUGGGAUGAGACCUUCCAUUUUGAUGCUGCACGGCUUCUCUGCUCACAAAGACACGUGGCUCAGUGUGGUCAAGUAUUUACCAAAACAUCUGCACAUUGUGUGUGUGGACAUGCCUGGCCAUGAGGGAACAACACGCACCAACACCGAGGAUUAUUCCAUUCAGGGGCAGGUCAGAAGGAUCCGUCAGUUUGUGGAAACCAUUCGCUUAAACAGGAAGCCUUUCCAUCUGGUUGGAACCUCCAUGGGAGGAAAUGUAGCCGGGGUUUAUGCAGCCUGCUACCCCUCAGAGAUCUGUAGCAUGACGCUCAUUUGUCCAGACGGUAUAAGACACCCGUGUGAGACCAAAUUUGACAAUCAUCUGCAGGACCUGGAGCACAGCAAUUACACAUUAAACAUCCCGCUGAUCCCUACAACACCCGAGGAGAUGGAAGACAUGUUCAGACUUUGUUCUCAUGUUCGCUUUAGAAUCCCUCAGCAGAUUCUUCAAGGAUUGGUAGAUGUUCGGCAGCCUCAUAACAUAUUUUACCAAGAAGUGUUUAUGGAGAUUGUUGGUGAGAAGUCGAGAUACGCCUUGCAGGAGCACUUACAUCUGAUCACUGCACCUUUACAAGUGAUAUGGGGCAAACAAGACCAGGUGGUGGACGUCUCAGGAGCUACAGUCAUUGCAGAGGUACUACCUGGAUGCAGGGUGGACCUGCUGGAGAACUGUGGACACUCUGUGGUGAUGGAGAGGCCUUGUCGGACAGCCAGACUCAUCCUGGAGUUCAUCAUCUUGCAGCAAGACGCCAGAGGUGGCACAAAGAAAUCUUCCUGAGUUCAAACGCUAUUAAUCAUCACUUUGCACUGCAAUGCUUCACAUGUCCCUUGUACGUGACAUGCAUAUGUAUACUGAUAUCCAAGCCUCAAAA